AUGGAUUUGGCUAUACGUAUUCUGUCAAACUAUUACGCUUUUUCCUCUACUGAAGCUAGCGAAAAGUUUCCUUAUUCAUGCCGACCUUUGCGUGUUUCCAGAGGUGAUCCCUGUUCCGGUGAACUCACUUCUUCAUCUCCACUGCCCGUGACUGGUUUUUUAUUACAUUCGUAUGCCGCUAGCCCCACGGCUGCUUCACUCUCCUGUCCGUUUCCUCUUCGUCACAAUUCCAACUCGAGCUCCCUUACGCCCACACCCGCCUCCUCUUUCGGCCUUGCUGCUCGUGGUGGCCAUAUCUCUAUUCCUGCUGAUAAUGCUACCAAUGCAUUUGGUGUUGGCCGCGGGACUUCUGGUAUCAACGUCAUCGGCACAAACGUCCUCUCAAAGAUUACUCCUGGUGUGUUUUCGCUCCUUUCACCUGAUUGGUGCCAAGUAAAGCGCCAGAUUGAGCGUGAGUGCCUAUUGCGUCCUGCUAUAGGACAUCCAAACAUUGUACCUUUGCUUGGAACUCCCCUCGACCGACCGCAGCCAAUUCAUCGACUUGGCCGAACUGAUCGAUUCGAUUUAUUGUUUGCUUCAAACCCGACGACCAAACCUGCACCAAUGCGUGAUUCUGCAUCUCCUCUCGGCUUACAUAGUAGCUUCUGUUUACCCACAGACCGUCCUGACCAAACUUUAAAUAUAGCUCAGCUCAUUUCGUCUGCGGCUGCCACCGGCUCUCCUUCAUCCUCUAAGUCUGCUUCGCCCUGUCUUAUCAACACCAAGCCGACCCCAAAGAACAAAUUGAAAUAUUUCUGCCAGUCAUCAAAUAAUAGCAUGCAGACAGAUUCUAGAGGGAAAGAGCCAUCUUCUGGCGUCUCCUCUUGUUUUUCUUCAAUACAUAGGUUCGUAUCGUGUUAG